GCCCGGGCCUGGCAGCUGAAACCGCCGAGGCCGCCGCGGAGAUGCCCGUGCGGCUGCCGCUCCGCUAGGGGUCGCCUCCCGACGGGGCCCGCCCCGCCCCUCCGCCGCUGCACGUCAUCCCGCCUCUCCGCUGGAUUGGCCGCCGACGCGGCCCUCGGCCUUUCCAGUAUGGCGGCGCCCAGCGGAGCGGCGAGCUGUGAGGACUUCGCCGAGUUCCAGGAGCUGCUGAGGGUGAUGAGGACGAUCGAUGACAGAAUCGUCCAUGAAUUAAACACUACUAUCCCAACAGCUUCCUUUGUGGGGAAAAUCGAUGCAAGCCAGACAUGUAAAGAGCUGUACCAGUCUCUGAUGGAUGCUCACACCAGCAGAGAGAGAAUCAUCAAAAACUGCAUCGCUCAGACUUCCAGUGUAGUGAAAACUCUCAGAGAAGAGAGGGAAAAAGCCCAGGAUGAUGUAGCAUUAUUAAAGCAACUCAGGAAAGAACAGACAAAGUUGAAAUUGAUGCAGUCGGAGCUGAAUGUUGAAGAAGUGGUGAACGACAGAAGCUGGAAGGCAUUUGGAUCUGAAAGGUCCCUGGACAGCUUGCCAAAACAUGCUCUUGCAGUUCUGGUGGAGGAACUAAUACCGGGCAGUGCCUCGGCUUGAUGCUAGGUGGUGCUCUUGUUGCUUUUCCUGUGCUGGAUGGAGUUUGGAGCCAAACGGGUCAAUGAACGAAUGGCUUGUAAAGUGCAAGGGUAACUUUGGUGUGAGUCUACGUGUUGUGCUUUUGACUCAGACUGCCUUAAUUUACAUAGUCACGUUUCUUGGCUGUCCUUGGGGUAAGCAGUCUGCUUGAGGAGGCCUGCAGUUUGAGCUAAAUGAACAACAUCUUCAGUUUCUUGUUCUGUGUGCUAAAUGUUUACCCAGAGGAGGUGCCAGAGGCAAGAGUGGUGUGCCCUUUGCCUAGGAGUACUGGCAGCAGCAGCAACUGUGGCCAGAUAACUGAGUGUGAGCGUGGUUUCCAAGAGCCGUUGCACUUCUUGGCUGUCAUGACAACGUAAAAUGGCUUUGCUCAGGAAAGAGAAGAAUACAGUGUCCACCCUUGAAUCCCAGAGUGAACUUACAGAACACAGCCAGUCAGGAACCUGCCAUUGAUGAUUUCUCUCUCUCUUUAAAAAAAAAAC